AGCUCCGCGCUGCCCGCAAACUUAUAAUCACAGCAGCACAGCAGCAGCGGCAGCAGCAGCAGCAGCAGCAAUGGCCGCUUUCCGCAGAGUGGCAGCGCUGGCCGGUAAGUUAAACCUCCUGUCGGCGGCGAGAAACGAGCUCGUCGGUGGUCAGACGGCCAGUGAAGGGAGGACACGGAGGUGUCUAGCUGUCGGGAUGUGUCUGGCGACGGGAGGCGCCGUGGCACUUUACUUUUACAACGACAUGACGAGCGGCAGGGGCAGGAAGAGGAUGGGGAGCCCGAGCAUCAGCGGAUUGCUGCCGUCCAUCCCGACUCUUGAAGCCAAGGAGAAGGCUCGUCCUUUCGACUUUGAGGAUGGAGACGUGUACAUGUCGUCCCAUGAGCAUCGCUUCCGCAUGUUCAGCUCUGUGGAGUAUGAAGGGCAGCUGUACAUGACUCCUCAGAACUUCAUCGAGUCGGUCACUAUGAGCGAACCCAGAAACAAGAGGCCCUGGAGGUCCCUGACCAAACAGGAGUUGGAGAAGAUUUUGACAGAAACACCUCCCGUAUGGAGAGGAUCCUCCAAACUGUUCCGCAAUCUGAGAGAAAGAGGCAUCAUCUCAUACACAGAGUACCUGUUCCUGCUCUGCAUCCUUACAAAGCCCCAUGCUGGCUUUAAGAUUGCUUUCAAUAUGUUUGAUGCAGACGGCAACCAGAUGGUGGACAAGAGGGAGUUCUUGGUGCUUCAGGAGAUCUUCCGGAAGAAAAACGAGAAGAAAGGGAGGAAAGGAGAUGCUGAGAAGUCAGCACAGUUGAGUAUGCAGCUCUAUGGAUAUCAGGUUGCCCCCAUGAACAGCGUGCUAAAAAAAGACAGUCAGGAGUUUGUGGCGCGGAGUUACUGGGACAUUCUGAGGCGAAGCGCCAGUCAAGUGCUCUUUUCUGACCUGGCGGAGGAUUUUACUCUUGAGCGAGCAGAUGAGAGCAUAACCAUUGACACCACCCUAUUGGUUCAUUUCUUUGGGAAAAAAGGGAAGGCAGAGCUUACAUUUGAUGACUUCUACAGGUUUAUGGAUAACCUUCAAACAGAGGUGUUGGAAAUUGAGUUUCUGACCUAUUCUAAAGGGAUGACCACCAUCAGUGAAGAAGACUUUGCCAAAAUCCUGUUGCGCUUCACCAACGUGGAGAACAUCAGCGCCUACCUGGAGAAUGUUCGCCAGUGUAUACCUGACGAGAAGCAGGAGGGAAUUACCUUUGACGAGUUCAGAUCCUUCUUCCAGUUCCUCAACAAUCUCGAGGACUUUGCAAUCGCCAUGCAGAUGUACAAUUUUGCAUCUCGCUCCAUUGGACAAGAUGAGUUUGCGAGAGCAGUCUAUGUGGCCACUGGGCUGAAGCUGACACGUCACCUUGUACACACCAUCUUUAAGAUCUUUGAUGUAGAUCAUGAUGACCAGCUGUCCUACAAGGAGUUCAUCGGAAUAAUGAAGGACCGUCUGCACAGGGGAGCCAGGGGCUAUAAAUCUGUGGAGCGUGCCACCUCUUUUAAAUCCUGUCUGAAGAAGGAGCUGGCAAGCAGAUAAGUACCACCAACAACAGAAGGUGAAGGGCAGACAGCACACCUCCUUCUCCAGCUGUGUUCGCACUGGGGCCAGAAGACAAGUCCACCAGCUCUGGAGGAGGUACAAAGAGAAGCCGUAGAGAAGGAGAGAGAACGAAGGCAGAAAAACACAAUGAAGAAGAAGUCUGAUGAUGGCAUAAAUCUAACUGAGCUCUGACUUUUAUAGUCAGUGGUCUGAGUUAACAGCAUUGCAUUUUAUAAGGGCAGACCUCCAAUGGACCUCUAAAGCAGAUGAUAACUAUAAGCAUGACCUCACACAGCGUCCCUGUAUGCUGAUAAUCAGCAGCAUCAUUCCUUUCUUUGGUUCCUGUUUUCCCAAUCAUCGUGAUCUGAUGUCAAAUAUGAUUUACAGGGUAUUAAAAUAGAGUUAGAGAAGAAAAUGACUUUACUCUGCGAGCAUGGCUGCAACUGCAACUAGUCAUUGUUUCUAUUUUGGAUAAAUCUGUGUUGUGUUUUUUUUUCUAAAUUAAGCUGUAAAAAAUGUUAGGUUAUGUAUUUGCUUACUUAUUCUGACCAGCCUAAAAUGCAAAAUACUUGUUUUAUAAUAAUAUUAUACAGAUAUAACUGAGCAAGUUUGAAGUUCUACCAACCGAAUGGUAUUUUCACUUACUGAAUAACACUUAUCGAAAUAUGUUUUUUUUUAAUUAUUUUAAAUAAGAAUAAUUAAUUGAACUGCUGCACUACAAACAAUAACAAGAGCACAACAAUAAUUAUGCAAAAAAAAUCUAUUUGAUAAUGCUCGAUAAUGCUAGUGUUAUCCACAUAAAAUGAAUAACAGUAAUUAAAAUGAUAUAUUAACAUACAACACUGAAAUUGUAGAAUUAAAUGAAGGUAUUGUGAACGUGUAUUGACCUCAUUUCAUUUUGAUCAUCUCAAUCAUUUUUAAACUUAAAUUUGUUUGAUCUCAUCUCACCACUAUAGCGGUUGCUACAGUAAGGAAUGCUAUUUUAUUCUAAUAUUAAUAUUAUAACACUCGAUGUCUUUAACCUGGACAGCAUAGAACAUGAAGGACAAGGGAAGAUAUUUUUUUGUCAAUAUUGACAUAACAGAAUCCUUAAUGUCUUUACCUAUUUAUUUCUUAUAUUGUCUUAGUUGCAUGUACACACACACACAUCUGGAACAAUGCCUCAUGGCAAACUGGAGGAGGUUUUUGAUGGCAGAGAUGAACCAUGACUUUAUCAGCAAAUAAUUCCAGCACUAUGUAGCUUUUAACAGCAACAGAACUUCAAAUAUGUACAUUGAUGAGAUUAUAUGCACUCUGUGAUUCAUCGCCCAAUCUGUGUCUAUGUUGUACUAUAUCAUGACUGAUCGACUAUAGUUUUUCAACGUCUUGGCGUGAAAUAGAGAAGAUAUUUUGAAUAUAUUGAAAUGAAGGAAGAAGUCUGUAUGUGUAAGGGCUUUUGCCAAGUUAUUUCUCACAGUGUGAAUUGUUGUCAUUGUGUUGCCAAUUAUUCAUGUAUUUGUCACAUCAGUGGACCUGGUGAAUGAAUUUUCAUGCAUGAAUAAAUUAUUUUACGAAGAAUUCA